GGGACGGUAGCCCCUUCGGGGGUGGUGGAGGGCGCCCUCUGGCGGCUUCGGGACCCCGCGAGUCUUCGCAGCCGCGGCCGCCGGCCCUACGUUUUCCGUCUCCUCCGCAGGGACCUGUGCGCCUGACCAUGGGGCCCCUGAGCCGGGAAGCCUGGGCCCAGCGCCUGGCGGCCUUCCGGGCCAGCCCGUCUGCCUUCAUGGCAGGUCCCGAGGGUGAGGAUUUGGGUCGCGACUUGCUGAGCGACCUGAGGAGUGAGAAGCUGAGCGAACAGACCAAGGUGUCCUUGCUGGUCCUGAGCUUGGAGUACCCAGUCCAGCUGUGGCCUGACGCCCCUGCAGCAGAGGUGGCCGCCACCUCCCUGUUGGACACCCUGGUUCUCCUACCCCCACGGCUCUCAGCUCUCCGGCGGCUCUUGCUGCUGGCGGCCACCACAGCGCUGGCGGCAGGAGGAGCGCUGGGCCCCACCUCGGGCGCCUCCUGCCGGCUGCUUCCCCUGCUGCUUGGCUUGGCCUCGGGCAGCGACCUGGGACCAGGCUUUGGCCCCACCUCGGAACAGCGCUCCCUACAGGCCACAGCGUGCGAGUGUUUGCGAGAGCUGGAGAGCUGCAAGCCUGGGCUGCUGGGGGGCGCCCUGGGGCUGCUGCGGGGCCUGCUGGGGCAGGCGGGCCCCGUCCAGCCACUCAGCCUGCUGCUGGCACUUGCUCUGCGCAACACCCUGGUGGUCCAGUCCCGGGCUGGGGCUGGCCUGCGGGGCCUGCUCAUGGCCGGGGUCUCCCCUACUAGGGAUGGUCCCUGGGACUGGACACUAGUUGAAGAGGGUGAUGCCCACCUUCAGCCCCAGGCACCCAGCUGGCCGGCAGCUGAGGAGGGGGAGCGUCGCCUUGCAGCUCGAGAGCCCAGCCCUGAGGAGGCUCGGGAGCUUCGGGCUGCUGUGGCCCAGCUUCUAGACACCACCUAUCUGCUCACGCCUGUGGCCCAGGCCCAGCUUCUGUGGCUACUGGGCUGGGCCCUACGGGGUCUGCAGGGACAGCCACCAGCGCUCUUCAAGCCACAGCUGGUACGGCUUCUGGGCACAGCACAGCUGACACUCUUGCACGCUGUUCUUGCGCUCAAAGCUGCCUUUGGUGAGGCGCUGUUCACGGUCCAGGAUGAGGCCUUGCUGCUCCGCCGGCUCACCUUGGCUGCCCAGCACCCAGCCCUGCCCCUGCCCACCCAUCUCUUCUACCUGCACUGCCUCUUGAGCUUCCCUGAGAACUGGCCGCUGGGCCCAGAAGGUGAGGAGGCUGCGCCACUGCUGCUAAGGCCCCAGCUCUGCCAUGGUCUCCUGCCCAGUCUCCUACAUGAGCCGAUGGCCCUCCUGGCUCGCCUGCAUUUGCUGUGCCUGCUCUGUGCCGAAGAUGAGGAGGAGGAGGAGAAAGGCCUGGUACAGAGCCCUCGGGGCUCCCUGGAGGAGCUAAUGGCCAGCUUGCAGCAGAGGGCAGCCCUGGACGGGGGCCCCCGGGCUUUGGCUACUCUCUGCUUCCAGGCCUCAUACCUGGUUGCCCACUGCCUGGCUGGGCAACCUACGGUGCUGACACCCUUGAUCCAUGGACUGACCCAGCUGUACCGAGCCCGGCCUGUGCUGGCUCCCCACUUUGUAGACCUCUUGGAUCAGGUGGUCCCUGAGCUGGGAGAGCCUCUGAGGGUGUUGUUGCGGCAGGAGGUGGUAUCCAGGCCAGGCAGGGAUGAAGCUCUUCGCUGGCACCUGCAAAUGCUGGCAAAGGUGGCAGAUGGGAGCGCCCAGAGUGCCACCCUCAGCUUUCUACAGGCUGCAGCUGCCCACUGCACAGGUUGGGACCUACAGCAGGCCCUGCUGCGGGUCUGCCGGGCCCUGCUACACGUGGGUGGGGGGGAUGGCCUGGCAGACCUGCUGCAGGCACUGGCCAGGCAGCUGGAGGACCCUGACGGGCGGGACCAUGCCCGCCUCUACUACAUCCUCCUGGCUCACCUGGCAGGGCCCAAGUUGGGGGUAGCCCUGGCCCCCUCGCUUACUGCACCUGCACUAGCCUCUUCGCUGGUGGCUGAGAACCAGGGCUUUGCAGCAGCACUGAUGGUGCAAGAAGCCCCGGCCCCAAUUCGGCUGAGCAUGGGGCCCCGAGAGAUCAAGGGCCCACUACCUGUGCUGCAGCUCCAGGUGGAGGCGCUGGAGCCCAUCUACUCUCUGGAACUGCGCUUCCGUGUGGAAGGACAAAUCUAUGCACCCUUGGAAGCUGUCCACAUGCCCUGCCUAUGCCCUGGCCGCCCUGCCCGCCCUCUGCUCCUGCCACUGCAGCCCAGACGCCCAGCCCCCGCAUGGCUAGAUGUCCACGCCCUUUACACCACACCCACUGGUCUCACGUGCCAUGCUCGCCUGCCACCCCUGUCCGUAAACUUCUCUGACCUCUUUCUGCCUUUCCCCCACCCCCCAGAGGGGGCCGGGCCAGGCUUCUUUGAGGAGCUCUGGCACUCCUGCCUGCCAGAGGGCACUGAGAGUCGUGUGUGGUGCCCACUUGGGCCACAGGGGCUCGAGCACUUGGUGUCACACCACCUGGAGCCUUUUGUGGUGGUGGCCCAGCCCCCCACCAGCUACUGUAUAGCUAUCCGCCUGCCCCCAAACUCGAGGCUGCUGCUGCGGCUGGAGGCGACCCAGGGAGAUGGAGCACCCGUGGCCCUUCGGACUGAUGACUGGGCCGUGCUGCCCCUGGCGGGAGACUACCUCCGCAGGCUGUCAGCUGCUGUCUGAGCCCUGGGGAGGCCAAGUGGGGGCAGGACUAUGGCCCUUGUGGGGACUUGCCUACUAGG